CAAGUAUGAGUCUCGGGUGAACGAAGCGUAGCAGCGGAGGUCCGCGGCGAUAGGUCACUCACUGCCUGCCGUGGCCAGCGGUCUUGAGUACCGCAUAUGCGCAUCGUUCCGAGCAAGCGCUCGAUUCACGACCUGCAAAGCCUCCGUGCUGCACGGGUCCACCUUUCGAAGCCUCCCUCCACCCUUCCCUUUUCCUUCUCCUUCAUCUCUGAGCACCAAGCAAGCGCUAGCCAUGCUGUCUUUACGAUGAGCAAGGACGCACAGCUGUCUGAGGCUGAUGGCCGAUCAGCGGCAGAGGCCCGCGAUGCGCAUACAGCCCACCUGGACGUCGCAGGUGCGCUUGGCGCUCACUUGCCCCCGCUCAACGAGAGAGAUGACCACCUAGACCCAUCGCAAGAAUUUUCUCCCGACAUCUUCCUGCUAUCCCGAGCACCUGGUCAGACGCUGAGCAGGAUAUCAUCCGAGCUGCACUCCUUUGAGUCGCAGCUUCGUGAGCAGUUGGAAUCCGUCGUGGACAGGGAUUUUCGCAAGUUUGUAGAUCUGGGCACCAGCUUGAAGGCAGAAGCCCCUCGCAUUGCAAGGCUAGCCUGGCACAAGGAGAACGCAGAUGACGCUGUCGGACCCGUUGCGGGCACCUUGGGUCUGAAUUCGGUGCGGGGUCGGGUGGAAGAGGUGCGCGACGAUUUGAGAGCGGCAGAGAGACAGUUAGAGGACGUGGUGCUGCAGAGGCACCUGGCAGCACAAAGCAAGGCUCAAUUGACGUUACUACUCAAUUUCGAGGAGUGCUUGCAAAGGUUGGAGCAGCUGCUUGGCCUGACAUCCCAUCAUCACCACCAACAUCAUCGCCAUCACGACCACCACCACAAGGAAUCGUAUCGCGCAGCAGCAGCCUCCCCACUUCAUCCGGCGCAAGCACGUCCGUCACUCCGCAGCCCGACAGACGUCGGACCUUUUCGAGCUCACAAUCCUGCUCGUUGGAUAGCAUUGGAUGGCGGUAGCGAUUCGGAUGAACAUGGCACCAUCUCUGCUGAUGAGGACUUCUACCAUUCACCAGAUACCGACGACGAACCUCAAAGUGACGAAGGGGCCAUUGAGCAUCAAUCACCCUACUCCUCGCCCCCUAUGGCUAAGCGACGUAUCUCUUCCGCCCACAAGGCACGGCGCAGAUCAUCUGGUCUCACGCGGCGCUCCUCGGCCGGUGCAGACGCCGCGCUGUCCUCCGGCGUCGAGGAAAGCAGCGCAAGCACUACAGCAGAUCUCCCUGCUCGCGUGGCCAGGGCUUCUGCAGAGUAUUCUGCGCUUCUCUUUCACAAGCGCGAAGCGCUCACGCUUGGCUUGAGCAGGUUCAUCGAUGCUCACUGCCAACGCACCGCUUGCGUGGAAGAAAGGUUACGGGUUGAUCUCGAAAUGCUGAUCGAAUUGCUCACGAGGUACGAUGGUGGGAGUCUGCUCUUGCACUACGGCGCUCGUGUGGGACGCAGUCAACAAGCUGAGAAGGAUGCAGCUGAACUGGAGAGAUUCACCCAUGUGACCAAGAUGGCCGAGCCGGACUCGCAGUAUUGGUCGUUGCGCAAGCAGGAGCAGCAACGAUGGCUUCAACUUGCCGUAUCCACCUGGCAAUUGCUGCCCGAGAACGAGUGGAAAGAUAGCGCGCCGCACCAGCGACAGGACAACUCUAGCGAUCCUUCUGCUCUAGACGGUGUGCGCGGGGUCGCAGAGGUCAUUCGCGAAUGCUUGGUCCGACCCUGGGCUGAGAAUGUAAUCAAUUCCAACUCCCUUUCGCUUUCCAACCUCGAGGUCUCCAAUCUACGGACGCCCGUGACGCCCGCUGGAUUCGAUGGGAAGCAGGGUUCCGCAGCUGUCCGUUCCGAGGAAGCAUCAAGCAAGCCUUUGCUGCAGCCAGAAGCAAUUAGCGAGGCAACUGUGCCCUUGCUCGUGCUUUACAAUCAGAUUCUGGCCUUUGCCCAGACGGUUGCACCCAUCGCAGAUGUUGCCGAGAGAGCACCUCGGCACCAGGCGAAAGCUUCUGCGCCAGCCCUGUCUGUUCCAACAGUCAAUCUGUCACUUUUGAAUGGCGCACAUCACGCUGCUGGCGCGAACGUACCAAAGCACCUCGGCCCCUGCAACGUGUUCGCAAAGUCGCUCUGGGUUGAGGUGGGAAAUCGGCUCAUGGACGAGCUGGGCGGACAGCUAUUCUUUGUCGGCAGACCAGACGUCUUCCAUCAGAAUUUCACCCUUACCUCAGAAUUUCUUGCGAGCUUGCUCAUGUUGGCGCCGUCCCCUCAAGCCGCCAAUGCUGUUCGUGAUCAUCCAACAUAUACGACCUUCAAGAAGCGGUGGCAGCUCUCCGUCUACUUCCAAAUCAGGUAUCGAGAAAUCGUGUCAAAAUUAGAACCCAAGCUAGCUGUCGCAGCAGACACCGCAAGGACCGGCAACAUUUCAAUCACAUUGCCGCUCAUGGUCAGCACCGAGGCCACCGUCGAGGCAUUUGUGGCUCCGUGGGCGAAACAUAUUCGCUUGAAUGAACUUGCAGCGAGACAGUGGAGGUUGAGCCUGCAGAUUGUCAGCCGUUACAAGAGUUGGUUGUACGCGGAGCUACCGGAGGAGCUUCACAAGCACGCGACCAGCCGCCCAGCUCCCCUUUCGACUCACAGCCGCCUCAAUAGCGGUCAAGAAGAACGCCCCGCCUCUCCUAUGAGAUCUGUGCAGCCUUCUCGAACUGGUACGCCAGCCAACGUCGAAUCGGAAGCUGCGACCGCUGCGGAUGAUGCAGCUUUGCGGACCCUGACAAUUUUCGCGGCCGACACCCUGUGGCUUCAGCGCGAGCUGUCUGACGCUUUUGACACUCGUAUCGUGCCUGUCAUCGUAUCGCUCAGCGAUGGUUCUUCGGCCUCAGAGCUGGUCAAGGCAAUGCGUCACACACUCCAGGAAGCUUGUUCCUACCAGGGACAAAGCGUCGCUUCUUUGUCUCAGAGGAUCGUUAGUGUGCUAAAGACUCGGUGUGGAGAGCCGCUAAGACUGGUGAGGUCGAUGGGGACGCAAUACAGAGGCAGCUCUGCUCCAACCUCCAGCCCGUCGAGUGCCCAAGGAUUGGAACCAUCGUACUUUGUGCCACAAGCCUUGAGACCGCUCAAAAUGUAUCUUGGCAAGGGAGAGCGAGCUGGAGAUACGAAUAGCAGCUUAGCGCUCGCGCGACACCUCGACACCGAGACGAGAAGCUCUUGGGCUCAAAAGGUCGUCGAUGACAUCGUUGAACGGUACACUUCGUCGCUGCAAGCCAUGAAUCGCAAUUAUGAGUCGCUCCGAAGGUUAAAGAGAGGCAAUCAAUCGCUCGGCUUGGGGUCCAUUUUCGGCCGCAGUGGGGUGAACAAUUCAGAUGGCGUGGCGUUAGCGUCAGAUCCCGAAGCUGAAAGGAUGAGAGCACAAAUGCGCGCAGAUGUCGAAGCGCUCAGAAGUGAGAUUGGCGCGCUGCAAGAAGUGGACACGUUCGUCAAGCUCGACGGGGAGGCUUGGGAUCGACUUAAAGCUGCGGCGGACGGUUCUACCGAAGACGCUUGAUCGCGAUUUUCGACUUUGCCGUCGACUCCAAAUUACGCUUCACAUAGCACACACAUGGUCAAAUUUCAAUUGCAUGCAAUUCCGGUU